CCUUUCCUGGGGCCGUCGCGCGGGCAGCGGUGGUGGGAACCUGGACGCCGGGCAUCAUGUACUACAAGUUCAGUGGCUUCACUCAGAAGUUGGCGGGAGCUGGGGCUUUUGACGCUUAUAACCCUCAGGGAUUGAAGCCCAUCAUCGCCACCGAAGCGCCGCCUAUCAUAUUUGCCACACCAACUAAGCUCACCGCUGACCCGGCCUAUGAUUACGCUGGGAAAAACAAAGUCCCUGAGCUGCAGAAGUUUUUCCAGAAAUCUGACGGCGUGCCCGUCCACCUGAAGCGGGGCCUGCCUGACCAGAUGCUGUACCGGACCACGAUGGCGCUGACACUGGGCGGGACCAUCUACUGCCUCAUCGCCCUCUACAUGGCUUCCCAGCCCCGGAACAAAUGAGCUUGCUUCCAGGACUGAGGGCUUUGGGGCAUAAAUCCCUUGACGUUUCCUUUCUCUUUUUUUCUUUCAUUUUCAAAGCUUUGAAUGGGCUACCUAAUAUUUUUUUGUAAGAAAAAUGGAAAAGUUAUGAAAAUACCCUAGGCAUGUUCACGAAGUGCACAUGGCCUGUCAUGUAAACAAACGAGUCUGGGCCCCGGUUUUCCCGGAGGUGCCAGCUGCCGGUCGUGCGUGUUCCAGAGUGAGGGAUGGGUGCGGGAGCCUUUCUGGGUUUGGGUGUGACCCAGGAAGGCAGAGGGGCCAAGCCCCGGUGCGUGGACUUGGAGUGGGCGUUUGUAGUCACCCUGGGGAUGUUCCCGACAUGCAGUACAAUGUUAAUGGAAGUUCUCUGCAGCCUGCCUCUGUUCCUGGGCUGUUUGUUUCAAAGGGUGGUUUGCCUCGCCUCAGUUCUUCCUGAAAUCUCCUGUGUAGUAAGCAUUAUGUGUUUAUUCCCCCACGGGAACAGCGAACGUCUGUUUAGGGUUGCACUUUAGACCCCCGGUCUGUUUCAUUAAUGCAGCUGUGCCCCAAAUUCUCCUUUAACUUUUAAAAAUGGGUUUAAAUUAUCAUUUCUUUUGACUGGAAUAAAUACGUGAAUGGAAA